AAGCCCACGCUGUAAAGUGGGUCCAGCUGGGAAAGAGGUACCUCUGUCUAAACGUGGGGAGAAAAUUGGCCAUGUGCUCACUUACAGAAAGUUCUGCACAUGGCAGUUUUGCACAACUUAAAGGACGUCCCCCCAGACUAUUUAUGGAUAUCCUUUCCUAUUCCCUCCCUGUAUGUCACAAUCUAGCUUUCGUUUCUUUGUAAGGAAAGAAAAGAAACCGCUGUUUCCAGAUCUAGCCAAUGAGUGUCUGUCUGCUCCGGUUUCCAACCAAUGAAAGAAAGAGGGCAACUGCAGGUUACAAAAAGUGAUGGCAGCUUCCUGUAAGGAGCAAACGUGCAGUGCAGAACUAGACGGGUAGUUUAGGAACUCUGAAAGUGAUGAUUGAAAAUAUGAAAGUGCUUUAUAUUGCCGGGGACUGUGUGGAGCCAUAUGUGAAGAUUAUUACAGUGAAGCAAACAAAGCGCCGCCUAAGCCUAUGCAGCUUGGAGGACUCAGAGGCAGAUGAACAGGAAUUUCAGGAGGUGGGCAACAGCUUUCCUGUCCUGAGUGACCAGAGCCAGCUGAUAGAUGACCGCCACCUAAAAACACUUCUUGCUCAUCUACCACCAAGAACUCAGAGCUACAAGUGGUAUCUGGUCUACAGCACAGCCAUCCAUGGAAGCAGCCUGAAGACCCUCUACAGAAAUAUGGCGGGUCUGGACAGCCCAGUGCUGCUGGUCAUCAAAGACAUGCACAAAAAGGUGUUUGGGGCGUUUUCUUCAGAUCCAUUUAGAAUCAGUAAAUACUGCUACGGCACCGGGGAAACCUUUCUGUUCACCUUCAGCCCGGAUUUCCAGCAAUAUAAGUGGAGUGGUGAAAACUCCUACUUUGUGAGUGGGGACUUGGAGUCACUGCAGAUUGGUGGAGGAGGUGGUGGCUUUGCGCUGUGGCUAGAUGCUGAUCUGUACCACGGUGCCAGCUUUUCCUGCCCAACCUUUCACAACCCAACUCUUUCCACACACCAAGACUUUAUAGUGCAAGAUGUUGAGGUGUGGACCUUAAAAAACUGACUGGACAAUCAAAGCAGUCUGAUUCGGAGUUGCAAGCCUUCGAGGGGCAUGUGAUGGUCGGCCACGGUUUUAUCCUAAUGGAGGAUCUACCAUCAUGGAUGACUCCACAGCCAAGAUGGCUGUCCAUCUUCGUCCUCCACAGUGCCUAUUCGAGUGGUUGUCAGAAUUUCUUUUCUGCGUGGUUAAACUGUGAUCGACUCAUGUAUCUGCUGCUACAGACUUUUUUUUAACAGCUGAAAGUGAGUGGCCACUGAACUGUGCCCUCCUUUGGAUAAAAAGGGCACUAAGCAGGUUGAAAACUGUUUUAAUGAAAUGUUUACACACUGUACGGAGAAGGAUGUAUUUAAACACUCUUAUCUAAUCUUUUUCCAUGGAGGGAUACUUUGUUUUGAGGCCAUGAACUUAUUGUGACUGUCGCAUUGUGGAAUUUGUGUUGAAGUGUGCUUCUGUUUGUGAUGAAUCCCUGGUAUUCCAGCAAAGCUUUUACUGCACACUUACUUUUGGAAAUACCUCCAUUUAAAAACCAAGCCUGUCAGGCGUUAAAAUAACAUGGAUUUAGAUGUAAAUCUUCACUGGUGUGAAAGAAAAUGAGUGGGAAGACCUCCAAUGUUGUGCUUUCUUAGAUUUCUCUGAUAAAAAAUCUGAUAUUUUUGCUAUCUUAUUAUUUAAAUAAGUAUUUGUAAUGAGAAGAAUGAGACUGGAGAGCAGAUGAAAUGUCCAUGUGAUGUGUUUGUGUGAACAUUUCUUUGAAAAGUCUGAGACUCUUUGGCAGUGCUGGCACUGCCGGUGUACUUUUGUGGAACCACAUAAAACGUUUUCUUUAAAACCAA